GGAAAACUUAUCAUUUGGAGUGAGAACGAGCUAAGAAAAGUUCUUGACCAAAGGAACAUUCCAGGAAGCGCUGAAGGAUUUUGAUUCGCAGUGGUCUGUAUCUGUCCUGUGGCUCCUUCAGCAAUCCAGAUCCUGUAAAGACUGACCACCCAUUGUAGAAAGAAUGAGUGCAGACGGCAAGAAUUCCAAAAAACACGUUGUUUACAAGAAGGUGUCUCGUGACAAAUCGAUUGCUGCCUACUUGAGCAAAAGAGAUUUUGUGGAUCAUGGUAGCCAUAUUGACCCUGUGGAUGGUGUGCUGUUGGUGGACACCGGUUACGUAAGGGACCAAAAAGUUUACUGCAGACUGAAAUGUACUUUCCACUAUGGACCUGAGGACAUUGAGAUGAUUGGACAGGCUUUCACGAGGGACCUGUACGUGUCCACAAUCCAAGUCUACCCUCAAACAGGCGAGGAAGUAAAAUCGCUGACCAAGGUGCAGGAACGCCUGAUCAAGAAGAUUGGAGAUAAAGCUAUGCCGUUCACCUUUCAGUUCCCAAACUAUCUGCCCUGCUCUGUUUGUCUUCAGCCUGGUGCCAAUGACCCAGACAAGUUCUGUUCCGUAGAUUUUGAGGUAAUGGCCUUCUGCGUGAGCAAUCUGGAGGAAAAGAUCCAUAAAAGGAGUUCUGUGCGCCUGGUUAUCCGUAAAGUACAGUAUGCUCCAGAUCGAGCUGGACCUCAGCCAGCUGCUCAGAUCAGCAAGCAUUUCCUUAUGUCAGACCAGCCACUUCAUCUGCAGGCAUCCCUGAAUAAAGAGAUAUUUUAUCAUGGGGAUCCCAUCAACGUCAGCGUUCAAGUGACAAAUAAUUCCAGCAAGCAUGUGAAGAGCAUCAAAAUAGCAGUUGAACAAACAACCAACGUGGUGCUGUACUCGAAUGAUAAAUACACAGAGGAGGUUGCUGUGGAGGAAGCAAAUGACCAGAUUGCCACAGGUUCCACUUUCUCAAAGACUUAUGUGAUUGUGCCCUCAUUGGCCAACAACCGAGGCAAACAUGGCAUCGCACUUGAUGGAAAAAUCAAACAGGAGGACACCAACCUGGCUUCUUCCACCGUUUUAAAGGAAGGAACUGAUCGAGAAGUUCAGGGGAUGUUGGUGUCCUAUACCGUAAAAGUCAGCUUGUUGAUUCCUGGCAUGCUGGGUGACAUUAGCACCAGCGAUACCACAGUGGAAAUACCCUUCCUGCUCAUGCACCCCAGACCUGAAAUCAGGAAGAUGAUGACUUUGCCAUUGAGGAUGCUGGAGAACUGUCACCUCAGGGAACAGGGGAUGCGGAAGACGAAGACUGACAUCUGUCACACUCUGGCGAGCCAAGUAGACUGUCUGUUUGUAGCUCGAUUAAAUAUGACGGAGAAUUUUUUAUCUGUUUAGUGGGUAGGAUUCUGAUUUAUUCUCCAGAGCCAAGAAAGAGUCAGAAACGUUCAGAAUAUGGGGCGGAUGGAUCAAGGGAGGAUUGGAUCCUAUUAAACUCAAUUGGCUUUGGACUGGUUUCAGUAUCACAGAUGUUAAAUUGUGAGGAAAAAAUUGUUUAUGGGAAGGCUGUGCACGCAAAGAUGAAUUAAAUCUUUUAAGAAGGGGUCAUUGACUUGGAUUGAUGAUGAUACAAAUUUACUGCUAUUUCGUGAUAUUGGACUGUGAAUUAUCACUUGAUAAGUUUGCAUAGCUUACACUGGAAUCAUAACACUUUCAGAAAGAAGGAUAGUAAGUGUAAAUGGUGAAUGUAUAAUGGAGUAAAACACUCCCACAAACUGAAGGUGUAUAUUCUAAAAAUAGGAUGUGUGACUGUCAAAGUCAAAAAUUAGUCUAGAGGUUCAGUGAAUUAGUUGCAAACCAUUCACUCAGUUAAUAGUAUUAUUUGAGUUCAGUAAUCUGCUUCAUAAAGACACCUGAAGUUCUGGAGUAUAUUCUGGUUUGUAACACAAUCCAAGAUGCAUAAAGCAACAGAUAUAAGCCAUGCAUAUUCAAUAAUUAUGUUCUUUCCUUCAACUUACUCUGAGAUAUUGGUUAUGCAUUAGAUAAAUUAUAAGAACCCUGUCAGAUUCCAACCUACCCUACCUCUAGAACAAAAUAAUGCAUUGAAAGUAUGACUUCCUCUUCAGGAGGCCUGAAUAAUAUUUCUCCGUUUAAUCCUUGGUCAUCUAAGGGUGUUAUUGUGAACUAGACAAACAUUAAUCAUUC